AUGAUUAGAAAACCUUUCACGAUUCUGCUUUUGUUGAUGGUGACUCCAGGAGAAGCUAGGAAAUCAUUUCUCAGUUUUCUGAAUAGAGAAAAUACUGAAAUACUGUCUUUUGUCAAGACUGGAGAAACUGUCCUUGUAAGGUCCAGUUACAGAGAUAAACAGCCGGACUCCAGUUUCCUCAUAGUGCUAUUAGAAGAUCCUAAAAUGCUGCAAGUGAUGAAUGUGACCAGGACUGCAUCAGAUGUCACAGUCUUUGCCAUCAACCUAAUGCCCAGUCAAGAAGGGGACACAAAUCUGACCAUUCAGCUCUGGGAUUCUGAAGGUAGGCAAGCCCAACUCAUUGAAGAACUAACGAAUGUGAAAGUGAGAGUGCUCAGACAAAGCAAAGAUAGCCCUUUCCACACAUCGAUGAAUGUGGAUAAAUACAUGCUAAUACUUAUCUUACCAGUGAUACUGUUAAAUAAAUGUGCCUUUGGCUGCAAGAUGGAAGUCCAGACAUUUCAAACAGUAUACAAGAGACCUUUGCCAGUACUCCUUGUGGCAGUCACACAGUUUUUUCUCAUGCCAUUCUGUGGGUUUCUGUUGUCUCAGAUUUUGGCAUUGCCUGAGGCACAAGCUUUUGGAUUUGUAGUGACCUGCACAUGCCCAGGAGGGGGUGGGGGCUAUCUCUAUGCUCUCCUUCUAGAAGCAGAUGUCACUCUGGCUAUUUUGAUAACUUGCACUUCAACGUUGUUGGCUCUGAUAAUGAUGCCUGUCAACUCUUACAUAUAUAGUAGGACCUUAGGGCUAUCGGGUGUAUUUCACAUCCCUAUUUUCAAAAUUGUGUCCACACUCCUUUUCAUACUUAUACCAGUGUCAGUUGGGAUGGUUAUUAAGCGUAGGAUGCCUGAAAAGGCACACUUCUUAGAGAGGGUCAUUCGGCCUCUGAGCCUGCUUUUAAUGUUUGCAGGGAGCUAUUUGGUGUUCAGGAUGGGAGCGGUGUUUCUGGAAAAAGCUACCCUAGAGGUGCUUCUUCUGGGUCUGUUGGUUCCUGCUUUGGGCUUGUUGUUUGGGUACUCCUUUGCUAAAGUCUGUAUGCUGCCCCUUUCUGUUUGUAAGACUAUUGCUAUCGAAAGUGGGGUGCUAAACAGUUUCUUAGCCCUGGCCAUUAUUCAGCUCUCUUUUCCACAGUCUAAAGCUGACUUAGCUUCUAUGGCUCCCUUUACAGUAGCCAUUUGCUCUGGGUGUGAGAUGUUACUAAUCCUUCUGGUCUCCAAGGCUAAGAAGACAGGGAUCCUUAUAGAAGACACACAAUUUCCCUGAGGCUAGACAGGAAUGAACUAAAGAGAAGCACACAUAGAGAAGUGAAAAUUUCAGUGGAAACUUUUGGUACCUAAGUAU